ACAACGUCUACAAAAUAAAAUAUUAGCAGCAAACUACGCGUCGACAAUACUUAAUCCAUUUGUCGUAUCUUCCUCAUAUAUUUACUUCUUUUCAUCUGCUGCACAAGUUAAACGACAUUCACAGCGAGUUUCCUACUCAUUCGCCACUAAAUGUGAUAGAAAAUUCGGACAAUGCACCGAUUUUUUUGUCUAUAUAUCUUGUUGCCUUUUCUUGUAAUGGAAGAAGCCAUAGACUAAAGCAAACCUCAAAAAGCAAGGCAUAAUGAGUUCUAAACUGCUUCAAACCCUCACUACAGCACUCCUAUGUUUCUGCAUUGUCAAGACAGCAACAGCUCAGCUUCAAGUGGGGUUCUAUCAACGUUCGUGUGGCUUUGCUGAGUUCUUUGUGAAGCAACAAGUUCGAGCUGCAUUCAUCAAUGACAACGGAGUUGCUGCAGGCCUUGUUAGGCUUCAUUUUCAUGACUGUUUUGUGAUGGGCUGUGAUGGCUCUGUGCUGCUAGACUCCACCAAAUCAAACACGGCAGAGAAGGAUUCGCCUCCGAAUAAUCCAAGCCUUCGAGGAUUUGAAGCUGUUGACAGCAUCAAGACUAUCCUCGAGGCCAUGUGCCCGGGCGUAGUCUCUUGUGCUGAUAUACUCGCAUUUGCAGCAAGGGAUAGCAUUGAGAUCACCGGAGGGCUAGGGUACGACGUCCCUGCUGGGAGGAGAGAUGGUAGAGUUUCUUUAGCUUCUGAGGCAUUGAAAAACCUACCACCACCAACACUCGAUGUGAAUCAACUCACAAACGCAUUUGCAAACAAGGGCUUAACACAAGAGGAAAUGGUCACCCUUUCUGGGGCGCACACGUUGGGGCGGUCCCACUGCACGUCUUUCACGAACCGGCUCUACAAUUUCAACUCGAACUCGAGCAUAGACCCAACUCUGGAUGCUAUGUAUGCAAGCCAGCUCAGGCGACAGUGCCCGCAGGGCGGUGAUGCAAGCCUGGUGGUGCCGAUGGAGGCCACCCCCGCCACAGCUGACGUGGCAUACUACAGAGGUGUGGCAACAAAUAGAGGGUUGUUCACGUCGGAUCAAACGUUGUUGACGGAUGGAAAAACAAAAGCCCAAGUAUUCCAAAAUGCUCAGAACCCAUUCCUUUGGAGAAGCAAGUUUGCUUCUGCAAUGGUGAAUAUGGGAAAGAUUGGAGUUUUAACUGGUAAUACUGGUGAGAUUCGAAAGAACUGUAGAGUGAUUAACAGCUAAAAGAAAAGUUGCUUAUAAGUUGUUUUCAUGCAAUAUCAAAUCUUGAUCAUUUGCCCCAUUAUGCUUAGAACUUCAAUAUCAUUCAAAAUAAAUCCAAGAAAUAAAGAUUUGGAUGUUUAUUGUUUCAAA